AUGUAAAAAGUUAAUAUUGAAUAUUAAUCAAGCCCUAGGAAGUAUACUAAAUAAAUCAGUUGCAAAAGUGAAUCAGCAUCAAGAUUGUCUGAAAUAUCAGAUGAUGCUUGCAGAUAAAUUGUAGAUUUUGAUAGAGGAAAAUAAACCUCUCGUAGUCUUUCUAUUUAGCCUAGAUUGAUUCUUUAAGAGUAGUUUAAUAAUAUUUCUAAGAUUUCUGAAGAAUAUAAUAUAAAUAAUAAAAGCUUCUAAACAAUAAAAUUCAAAAACAAAUUGUUCCAGUCAAAUUUUAUAAAAGUAAUUAAAGCUGAGAAAAUUAAAUAAUAAUUUAUAAAUAAUUUGUUUACAAACUCCUACAUAUUAAAAUAAAAAAAGAAGCAACUAAUUCAUGAUAAAUAUAUUGAAGAAAAUAAUAAAUAACCUAUUUUCGGUAUAUAAUUUAAAUAUUCUUUUUAGAUACAUAUACAUAAUCUGGAAUACCUGUAAUAUAACCAACUUGUAGAUUUGUAUUAGUUUGGAAUGCUAUUGGGAUAAUUUUUAAUUUUAUUAUUUUAUGGCUUACUCCAUUUAUAUUGUCAUUUGAAUAAAAUUAGAAUGAAAUCUAACUUACAUAAUUAAAAGUGUCAAUUAUUAUUUUUUUAGUAUGUGAUAUUAUUAUUGCAUUAAAUAAAGGAAUUAUUAUCUAAGGAAUUUUGAUAUCAAAAAGAAAGUUAUUGUUCUAGAAGUAUAUGGAAAGUAAUUUUAAAAACGAUAUUCUUAAUUUAAUUUUAUGGACAUUAAUUUAAUAAAAUCUAAUUUCUUAUUAACUUUUUGGGGAAUGUUUAACAUUAGCCUAAUUGAUUGUAACUUAUAUAAAAAUUUAAAAAUAUUUAUCAGAUUAUUUUGAAUUUGUAUUCUUUAAAGGAAUAUCAAACAGUUUAAUGGAUUUGUUAAGCUUAAUUCUAUCAAUAUAUUUAUUAGCACAUAUUGUUGCUUGUUUAUGGCAUUAUGUUGGAAUAAAAUCUAUGGAAACAUCUUGGUUGAUAAAAUAUGAAUUAUUAAAUGAGCCUGUAUGGAAAUAAUAUAAUUAUGCUUUUUAUUGGGCAACUAUGACUAUGACAACAAUAGGAUAUGGUGAUAUUACAGCUUAAAGUCAACUAGAAUUAAUUUAUGUAGAUAUUAUAAUGUUUUUAUCAAGUGGUGUAUUUGCAUAUUCUAUGAAUUAGAUAGGAUUUAUUUUAAAAAACCUUUAGGAUUCAAAAUUAAAAUAUAAAAGAUCAAUAUUAAAAAUGAAUACAUUUAUGAGUAAAAAUUAGGUAGAACCUAAAAUUUAAAGUAGAAUAAGAAAUUAUUUAAAAUAUUAUAUAAAUUAAGAAUAAAAUGAAAAUUAAGAUGAUGUUGAUAAUCUUAUAUCAAUCCUACCUUAAAAUUUAUAGUAGGAUUUAAAUUAUGAUAUUUAAAUAAGAGUAAUUAAUUAAGUCAAAUCAGUAAUAAGUCAUUUUUCAUCUAGAACUUAAUAGUUAUUAUCAAAAAGUUUAUAGCUUGUUAAAUAUUCUCCUGGUGAUUUCAUUUAUAAAAGAGGAGACAUUAUGGAGAAAAAUCUUUAUUUUAUUAAGGAAGGAGAAAUUGAGAUAAUAGAGGAAAAAAGCAAAAUGAAAUUUAAUAACUUAAAAUAGAAUUAAACAUUUGGUGUAUAUUAAUUUUUCACAGAUUUUCCACCUAAAACCUCAGCAGUAAGUAGUGGUUUUUCUAAAAUAUAUACUAUUAGUAGAAAAAGAUUUUUAGAGAUUUUAUAAUUUAACAGGAAAGAUUUUGAAACAUUUCAUCACAUAAAAGAUUAAAUAAUAUUUAAUUAAAAUUAUCGCCUUUUUGAUUUACGUUGUCAAUUUUGUGAUCGAUACAGUCAUUAAGAGAUAGACUGUCCAGUUCUAAAUUAUAAUCCUGAUUUAGAAUAAAGAUUACUAAAAAAAACAUAAUAAUCUGUUGUCUUUUUAAGAUCAGCAAAAAUUAGAUUGGGAAACAAAAUUAAAAGUAUAAAAGAGUAACGAAAACUUUCUCAAUCUGUUACUAAAUUUUUAGAAGAUAAUUUUGGUUUCUAAUUGUCAAAUUCAUUAUAAAUGGCUUUAGCUGUUCAUAGUUCAUAGAGUAAUCACUCUUCUGAAUGUAAUAUUGAUAUUAAUAAAACGUAAAAAAUCAUAUUAAAUGAUGGAGAUCAAGAAAAAUUUCAUCUACCUAUGGGUAAAAGCUUUAUUAGUAAACCUAUUUUUAGGAGAGAAUAAUCUAUGAAUUAAGAAUAAGAUGUAUUUAAUUCUGGAAAAUCUCAAAAGCCUUAAAAAAAUGCUAUCAAAGAAUUUAAUAUGUUAGAUGUUCUAUUUAAUAGUGCUAAAUUUCUUCAUUUAUCAAUUUAAUGUGAUUAAUGUUAAUCAUUUUAAAAUUACUUUCCAUAAGGAAAUGUGUAAAUUGUUCUAUAAAAAUUAGAAAAAACCAAUUCUAAAUAUUAAAGAAAAAUAUAAAAGCAUAUAUAAAAUAUGAACAAAUACACUUUUUUUUAUAAUGUGAAAUUAAAAGCCUUAAAGUUAAGACUUUUUUAUCUAAAAAACUGA